UGCUCAGGUGAAAUGUGAAAGACACAAAACAAGUAAAAUCAUUAUUUGUUAUACGAUUCGAUGGAAAAGGCUUUCAAUGACAUUCAAAAGUAUAUUAACUAUGUCGAAUAAGAGGAUUUUAAUGCUGCUGGCCAUCUGCUUGGUUGUGUUUGCUGCAGCAAAGCUUUUUUUCAACAGCCAGAGCGCAAGCAAAAUGACGCAUACCAUGAUCUCAGGUCGUAUAUGGCAUUUAUCUGGACUCAACAACUUGGACGUUAAUUCGAAACUCAAAGUAAAAAGUAUAUUAAAUGCCCCUGUGGAAAGACUCACAGAACCUCUCCGUGUAGUACACCUAGAUCUUAAGGGCGCUGCACCAAAAGUUAGUUAUUUUCAGCAGAUUUUUCCACUGAUCUCCAAUCUUGGUGCUAAUGGAAUUUUGUUGGAGUAUGAUGAUAUGUUUCCCUAUGAAGGGGACCUAGAAGUUCUCAGGUCACCUUUUGCCUACAAUGUGGAAGAACUUAAUGAAAUUAAGUGGCUGGCUGGCCUGUACAAUCUCGAGCUGAUACCCCUGGUGCAGGUGUUUGGAAAUCUAGAGUUUGUGCUGAAACAUGAACAGUUCUUUGACCUUAGAGACGUGGGCAGCUUUCAAAACAGCCUGAACAUUCUGGCUCGUGGUAGCUUGAAACUGAUUAAGGAAAUGCUAACUCAGGUCCUGAAGAGGCACCCACAGACACGAUGGUUUCAUAUUGGAGCACAUGAGAUUUUGGACCAUGGUGAGAGUAAGGACUCAAACAACUGGUUGAAGCAAAAUAGUCAAGGCACAAGGCUACUCCUCAUCAGCUACAUGACAAAGGUGUGUCAAUUCCUGGUUGAACUGAAACCUGGAAUAAAGCCUAUAUUUUGGGAAGAUAUGCUCAGGAAUAUCAGUCUCAACUUAAUCGAAGAAUUUGAUCUUUCAAGCAUCGCAUCCCCUAUGAUAUGGAAAUAUGACUCAAACAUUGAUGUGUACCAAAUGGUAAACCUGCUACAUAACUACCAACAGGCAGGAUUUCAUACUGUUUGGUUUGCAAGUGCAUUUAAAGGCACAUCAGGCAUUAGCCAAAGAUGGACACCAAUUAAUUACCACUUGGAGAAUCACCUCGCCUGGCUUAAAGUCAUAGCGUCCAUAUCUAAGCACUCCAUUAUACAAUUCGGUGGGAUUGUUUUAACAGGCUGGCAAAGAUACGAGCAUCAGACAGUGCUAUGUGAACUGUUUCCUGUGGCCAUUCCUUCUCUGGCAAUCUGUCUAGCAGCUCUAAAAUAUGGUUCAAUUAAUCAUACAGCUGAAAUCCAGCUACAGAGACUUUUGGGUUGCAAUGUUACCCUUAAAAAUAAUAUGUGUUUAAAUACAGGGACAUUUGCAGGCUCUGAAAUUUAUUACAUGGUGCAUAAAAUCCACAGUGAACUUGAGAAUUCCAUCAUAAAAAUUACCAAAGACUAUCAUCUAAAAGGACCAUUCAGUCCAGAACAGAGAAAAAACAACUCCUAUCCAUUGAAUAUUAAAUAUUUUAAGAAAGAACUCACCAGAUUGGUGAAAGAGUGGGAUCACUUUAUGAAGAAUUUCAAGAUGGAGAUGAUUGCUAUCUACUUCCCAGACACUGUAGAGAAGUGGAUGAAAGAGAAUGUUAACCAAUAUAUGAAUGAACUCCAUAGUUUGGCCAAAGUUGUAGAAAGCAUUUCUUGACUUAAAAGAUAAACGAUGCAUUAUAAAAGCUGUAUGAUUCAUAAAUUUUUGUGUAUAAAUGGAUGUUUAAAUUCAUCUUGCCUGCUUAGGAGUCUAAUAAAGGGCAUUUUCCUUUUGCCAAAA